AUGAUAUCAAUUAUUGUCGAGUGCACGAAUACUUUUAUUCGAUCAAUUGCAUGUAAAUUUGGAAGAGAAAGAGACCCUCAUCCUACAAAAAUUUCUGAAAUAAAGGCAUUUAUAGGACUUCUCUAUUUUGGUGGACUGCACAAAUCUUUCCAUGUAAAUGUAAAGGACCUCUGGGCUACUGAUGGGACAGGAAUUGACAUAUUCCACCGUACUAUGUCAUAUAAACGUUUUUUAUUUCUGAUGAGGUGUGUCAGAUUUGAUGAUAUAAGAGAUCGUUCUUCUAGAAGAGAAAUGGAUAAACUUGCUCCCAUCAGAAAUAUUUUUGAAAUGUUAGUUGCAAAUUGUCAAAAAGUUCAAACUCUUGGAGAAUAUGUGACAAUCGACGAAAAAUUAGAACCGUUCAGAGGAAGGUGUUCAUUUCGACAGUACAUGCCAAAUAAACCAGCCAAGUAUGGAAUAAAAAUUUUUGCCUUGGUAGAUGCGAGAACAUUUUAUAUAUGGAACCUAGAGAUUUAUGCAGGAACUCAACCAGCAGGACUAUAUAACGUUGAAAAUGGCCCAGACAAAAUUGUAAAGAGAAUACUAGAACCUAUUUUCAAUUCAGGACGCAACCUAACUGUUGACAAUUGGUACACUAGCUAUGAUUUAGCAAAAGACCUCUUGAAGAAAAAAAUUACACUUGUGGGAGCAUUCCGAAAAAAUAAAAGGGAGCUUCCAAAGGAAUUCAUUUCUGGAAAAAAACGAGAACAAUAUUCAACAUUAUUUGGAUUCCAAAAAAAUUUGACACUGGUUUCUUACGUACCGAAAAAAAAACAAAUGUUGUUCUUUUAUCCUCAAUGCAUAAUGGUGGUACAAUUGACGCUUCUACAAGAGAAGCAAAGAAACCAGAGAUUAUAA